AUGGGGGUCCAGAUAGCCCCAACCCACCCUCCCGCUUUGGAUCCCCGGGGAUCACCGGACGGACAUUUUCCCGCUCCCCGCCCCGGCCUGGGGAAUUGCUUUGGGCACUCCAGGGCAGGCGAUCCGCGGAAGGCGUCCGGCCUAUCACCCUCGACUCCGACUUUGCAGCUCCCCGCCUGCGCCGUGCUCAUUGCCGGCGCUCCUGAGACGGUUUCCCGAAACUGCCCCCCGAAGGCUCCCCGCCGCGGCUCCGGGGUCCCUCGCAGGAUUCCAGGAGGCGCCGCCGCCGCCGCCACCCGGCGGCCCCCGGCCGCCCCGCCCCGCCCGCGCGCCGCGCCGGGAGAGCCCCGGGCCCCGACCCCUCCCCCCGGACACCCGGCCCAAGAGCGGGACCCGGGCGGCGAGGGUGACUGGGCUGCGGCGCGGUGCCGGGUCCUGGGCAGGGAGGCUCGGCGGCCUCUUUCUUUCUCUGCUCCCGCCCCUCUCUCUCCUUCCUCCUCGCUAGCCCCGCCGGCGGCGGCCGAGUUCGGCACUCUCGCCUCGCCUCCUCCCCCACCCGGGGACCCUCUCCUCUCCCCUCCCCUCCCUCGCCCGCUCCUCCCGCCGCCUCCUCCCUCCCGGAGCGGCUGGCUGCGAGGAGGCGUAACGGAAAGCCCCGGCGGGGGAAGGCUGCGAGCUCGGGGCCGGAGACGCAGAGCCGGGCCGGGUAAACUGGGAAGCAGACUCUUGAAUUCACAGCUGGCUUGUGGUUUUUGCAUCUCGUUAAAGGGCACUCAUCAUACAGGAGAUUUCAAAUCCUUUAAAGGAAAGACGUUUCCAGAAUGGUGGCAUUUUUCUGAAGUUGAUCAUUGAGAUUUACCAGCAUUCCUACAGAUAUAAUAGGUGAGGCCGCGCUCGGAGCUCUGACAUGGCAGCAUGACGGCCCCGGCCCGCGCUGCCACAGGCCGGCCAGAGGGAGCCCCAGGCUGUGGGAGUGAGCGCCCGGAGCAGCGACUUCCUUCUGCGGCCGCCUGAGCCUCCUUCC